UUAUUAUAAUAUAUACUAAAUAAUAGUAGUAGGUUGAAUAAUGAAAUGUAAUAUUAAUAAAAUAUCGUCAGAUUAAAUUUCGAGUAUAAAACCGGAGAUACUACUAGAUAUAUUUGGUAGUAAAAACGUGACGGACUGAUUGACACAACAUAUGUAAAAGAUCUCCAAAAUGUUUCCUCUAACCAAGCUAGCGUACUGUGUUUGCAAUGACGACGAAAGAACAUUUUAUGACGAUUUGGAGACGUUAAAAAUCGAAAUUGCACCAUGCUGUAUCGAUGUAUUGAGAUACCUAAAGAACGAGACAAAAUCAAAUAAUAAUAUUGAUAGCGAUAUUGAUUUAAAUUAUGACGGGUCGACCGCAAUCUCACUCCACGACAGUUCCACUUCAUACCUCGUGCCGAUCUCGUUUCGAGCCACAUCGUCCGACGACCAUCACAAAAUGUACGGUACAACUGACUCGAUGAGCGAAAAGGCCGCCGCCAGUGGACAUGUGGAGUGCUUGGCGUUCGCCGAAAGUCGCGGGUUCCCGUGGACGCGAAACAUAUGCGUCCAGGCGGCCGCCAGCGGACAGCUCGAGUGCCUUAAGUACGCGCGCGACCGGGGCUGUCCGUGGGACGUGUCGGUGUGCGAGUACGCCGCGGCCAACGGCCACUUGGAGUGCCUGCGGUACGCCCGGGAACAGGGUUGUCCGUGGGACUGGAUCGUGAGCGAGAAAGCGGCCGGCCGUGGCCAACUCGAGUGUCUGGCCUACCUCCGGGACAACGGGUGUCCCUGGGACGCGGCCGCGUGUGAGGCGGCCGCGGCCGGCGGGGCACAUCGACGUACUGCGGUACGCGCACGACCGCGGCUGUCCCUGGGACUCGGCCACGUGCCGGGAAGCCGCGGCCCACGGCCACCUGGCGUGUCUGGUGUACGCCCACGAAAACGGUUGUCUGUGGGACAGCACGACGUGCGAAGCAGCCGCGGAAGGCGGCCACCUACUCUGUCUAAUGUACGCGCACAAUAACGGCUGCCUUUGGGACAUGACCACGUGUGACGAGGCCGCGUCAAACGGACAUGACCAAUGUCUGAAAUACGCUUUAGAAAACGGUUGCCCGUGGGACGGAUGCAUUCCAUAAAUAUAGUACCUCCAUAUGUAGUUAUAUCGUUUAUGAUUAUCGUGUUUUUUUAUACAUCUCGGUGAAAAUUUGUCUGCCUUCGUAAAAUCGUUAUUAUCAUUCCAACAGUGCAAUGUUGAUAUUAUGAAGUUUUAUGUAUAAUAUUACAAGUUGAUUAAUUUGGUCUUGAACUCUGAGAACAGUCUACACAAUUGCCUAUACACAGAGGAUUUUUCAUUAAAAGAGUGAAACUCUGCAGUUGCUAUCAGCUUUUUGUAUAAGUAUGCUUAAAUUAAAAAUUCUAGAGGGACAAUAAAUAAUAAUGAAACGUUUGUGUUAUUAAACUGUACAGUGUACUGUGCACCUAAUCUAUUCGAAUAAUUUAGUAUUUUGUUUUGACUUGAAUCCAUAACGUUUAUGAAUAAAACACUCGUGUAACCACGCAAGUUAUUUUUAAAAUUAUAAACCAUUAAUAAUAAUGUUUUUAAUUUCAUAUUUUCCUAGAUUAUCGUACGUGGGAGGGGGAGAGGGUAUAAAUAAAGAGGUAAUUAAAAUUUUAAUUUUAUUAAUUGUUUUGCUGAUUGAUAAAAUACCAAAAUACCAUUCGCCCCUUUGAAAAGUCUCAA